AUGUCCCAGGUGUACAUAGGGACGGAAAAUCUCAUUUACGAGUCAUCUACAAACUAUUCCAUAUUUGAUAGGGAAGGAGUUCAAAAUCAAGAUUUAUUUAUCAAAUUUAAUAAUGAAGUAUUAAACAACAAGGUUGUCGCUAAAAGAUUAAUAAAUUUACCCAUUGAAAAAAGAGUCACUAUAUUGAAAUACUGGCUCGAAAUUUUGAGUAGCAUGAAACAUCUUUACGAUGAAAAUAGUAAUUUAUUUGUGGAUGUUGAAACUGUUAAAAAUCAUUUUGCAGAUAUAGUAGAUAAAGAAGAAAAAUUAACAAUCACAGAGUCAUUUGAUGCUUUAACUGAAUGUUUGGAUAUUGCUUAUGACAAAUGCACCACUUUACCCAAAGAUGGUCCGUUAUGUUUGAUAAAAUCUUCCGAAGCCACAUUGGAUCACGCGUUGAAAUCAAAAUGUGUACUUUUAGAUGAAGAUUCAAAAGAAUCUAUUACUCCAGAACAACUUGAAAUCAUUGAAAAAUUUGAAAGCAUAUAUUUAACUAAAUCACAAGUUGUCAAGUUGAUUUUUAGAAUGGGAACACAACGAGAAAGAAAUAUAUGGGGAUUGAUUCGUAUGUUAUACUGUAUGGUUGGAUGUCAGGAAUAUCUUUCUCAAGAAAAUGAUUUAUCAAAAUAUAUGGAUCAUGUUAAUGGUAGUUUGGGUUCAAGAGAUUUAAAAUAUAUACCAUACAUGGACCAAAUAUUUGAACUAUAUGAGCUUCAUAGAGAUUGUGAUAUGGAAUCAACUCAAUCAGGAUUAGCUCAACCUGGAGCUGAAAAUUCAAGAAAUAUUCAAUUACAAGCUGCUCAAAUUCAAGUCAAUCCUUCACCAAUUCCACAAUCAAGAGUCCCUUUGAAACCUAUUUCAACUAAUGUUCCAUCAACUUCUUUAAAAAGAAAAAGAAGUGAUGCCACUCAAGAAAGAAGAAUUUUACUCGAUUCAACCAGAUCAGCUCAAACAAAUACUUAUCCCACCUUGGAUGAAUUCGCCGUUAGUGCUUAUUUGGAUGUGUAUAAUAAAUGUUCCAAUGCUAUCGAAGGAGCAACAAGUAUGGAAAUGCAUACUAAAUCAAAAUUAAUGGAAGCCUUAAAAGGUGCCUUAGAUAAGCACGAGCAAAGUUUUAGAGAUUUGUUCAAAAGUUAA